AUGGAAUCGGAGAAAGAGGAACCAGCAGAGACAUACAUUAUUAUGAUAAAACUCGGCUUCCAGAGUUCCUUGGCCCUUCUACUUAGUGUGGUGGGAUUGGCUUUCUUACCCGGACUUGCGAUCCUUGGUAAUUCGUCAUCAUUUACGCAUCUUACACUAAUUUAGUAGUUUACCAACAUUUUACGUUCGUUCUGCCGGUGCAAUGGACAGUCGCAGCGACGUUAUUCUUCUUUGUUAAAGUAAGAAUUGGUCGGAACUCUGACAGAUUUUAUUUAGGUCUGCUUUGGAACAGUGGUUGCUCUCCUCACAGUGGUCACAUACGCUGACUUCGUAUUUCCAAAAAUAAUGAGAAUGAUUGAAUCGUUUUUAAGCCGAGUACGCGUUGAGUAA